AUGGAAGUGAGACAUGGAGCGUUGUCGACUGCUAAUGAGAGUUAUGUCAUCAUAGCUUCUGCCAUUUCACUCUCAUCUUGUCAAAUCAGCGCCACUCAUCAUCAUCAUCAUCAUCAUCAUAUCAUCAAACAUCAUCCAUGUCAACAUUGA